UAGCUCGCGAAGAAAGCGCGUAAGUGCGAGAGAGAUCGAUUGCCCACAACACGGGAUACUGACAUAAUCCGAUUGUCAGUGUCACAUUGUGCGUUGUUGUGCGUUUAUCCACAUCGUCGUGUUAGCGUCUGAUACGAAGGUACAGAAGAGACUUGGAGGAAAGGAUGCAUUUGUUUUGCCAUGUAGGACUUCACUUGGAUUAAUAAUGAUGUUGCAUCCAAUGUUUUAUCAGUCAACUUUCUGAGGACUUCAAAUUUGUUCUUUUUCAUAUCCAAUUGCAGGAGCUGUGUCAACUGAAUCAACAGAGAAACGAGAGGCACACUGACUCAUUAUGAGCGAAUCCGACGAUUCGGAUAUUUUGGCCGAUAUUCAGGCUCUGGACGAGGCCUUAGCUUUGGGUGUGAAACCAGUUUUGCAAUGCCCCAGCCAACACUCUGACGACUCGUCGUCCUCGCACAAUUUCGAUGAUCUCGAGGACAACGCUGACUGUUUGAACUAUCUCUCUGAGAAUCAGUGUAUUGACGAGUCUCUGAACGCAUACGAGAUUAAUACAAGGUUGAUUACUGGCUUAACGAUAGCCAAGAAGAAAUUGACCACUCUGUUGGAAAUAUGCGAGAAAAAGAUACAGCUGCUGGACGAGAGGAUGGAAUCCAAGGAAGGAUGGAACUCGAGUUCGAGAACCAAGCUUAACAACGCCGGUAUACCAUACUUCAAGGACAAGAAUUACUUUAGUGCCCCUAAGAACGAUGACACCAAGUUGAAGGAAGCCCGCAACGAGUUAUCCUUGUUCUCUUUGAAGAAGCCGAACCGUUGGUCGAGAAGGGACAGAGAAACGCUUUUAGCCGCCAUACACAACCAGGCUAUAGAAUCGGUGCUGUCUGGAGAGAAUGACAAAAAACCUGACCCGUCCACAUCCGAUAAUCAGGCUGAGAAAGAUAAAUUUGUGCUCCCGAGAAAUUUUAACGAGAUGGUGGAAGCGAUGGGUGAGAAAGACUUUGAUUGGUACAAGAUCUCCAUCACGGACUUCAAUAACAAGCAUUCGCCAGGCGAAUGCCGAGCCAUGUGGAAUGUUUAUUUGCAUCCCAACAUCGAGAAGAGUGAAUGGACGAGCGAGGAGGAUAAGAAACUUCUCAAAUGCGUGAAAGAAUAUAAUUAUCAAGAUUGGGAUGCCAUUACGCAGAAACUAGGGACAAACCGUAGCGCAUACCAGUGUUUCAUUAGAUACAAUACUAUCAAAAAGGUACCGAGCUCCGGGCACGCUUGGACCAGGCAGGAGGACAAGCAUCUCAUAAAAAUUGUAAAUACAAUUAGAGUUGGAGACUACAUACCCUGGGCCGAGGUCUCCAAUCACAUGCGGCACAUGACCAAGCAGCAGGUCUAUGUACGAUGGAUGUACAGUAGUGCGCCGCACUUGAAGAAAGGCAGAUUCAAUAAGGCGGAAACGUCGACUCUCUUGAAAGCGGUGCGGAAAUACGGCACAAACUUCUCAAAAAUUUCGAGCAUCGUGAUGCCACAUCGAACCUCGGUGCAGCUUCAACUGCGUUACGAAACCGUGAUGAUGAAUAUCAAGAACGAAUUUUCGAAUCUGUGGACAGUCAACGACGAUUUGAAAUUAAUUAAUUUGCAUACAAAGUACAAGAACGAUUGGUCUAAGAUAUCGACAUAUUUUUCGAGAAAGUCAAGAACACAAGUGAGACAUCGAUAUUACGCGAUAGUAAGGUAUACAAUGAGAGGUAUAAGUAUCGAAAAUAUACCCAGACCAGUCUCUACAUACCUCCGCUUUAAAAAAAUUACAAUUAAUAAGAAAUUAUCGUCUCAUAAUAUGCCAAAGUGUCCACUCGAAAAGCCAAAGCAAUACUCCAUAAGUGUUUUCGAAAUUCAGUUAAGGUUGUACGAAACUCUCUCUUUUCCACCUUCCGUCAGACCUAAUAAUUCUGACGAAGAGCCCUAUAGCAUUGAACAGCUCUUGUUCGAUACUAAAAAAUUAUACAACACGUUGAAAUUGUUGAACGGCAAUCUAACUAUUCCACAUGAUAUUGUUAAUUAUGUACAUUUAAAUAGUAGAAAGAAACAACUCUUAAUUUCUUUAAAAGAUCAUUUGAACAUAGGAAAUAGUGAAGUGCAGAACAAUGAGGUAAUAGAACAAUUUCGAACGAAGAUGUUCGGCAACGCCACGGAAGGUGAUAACAGUGAUUUUUUCAUACCGCCACUUCCGUUCGGUGGAUACAUAAGGCUAAAAAAAAGUAGAAAACGAAAUACGUCUACGGACUACGAUUUAGAUGUGAAUAAAAAAUUUCUUAUUGACCUACCUAUACAUUUCUCUGUAAGUAAAGGUAUACUUGAUUUCAUUAGCAUUGACGAGGUUAUUCAAUUUGAUAGAUUCAGUCAACUCUUAAUAAACGAUUGUCAUAAUUACGACCAGCAAAAUGCACGUUUGUUUAAUUCAUUUUUUAAACGCAACGUCUUACGUUUAAAGAAAGAUCCAGACAACAUUUCAAAUAAAGCUUCGUCAGAAUAUAAUGAAUCAAAUGUAAAUACGAACGUGGAAGAUUACGAGCGGCUAAAUGAGCUGAGAGAAACUGUCAGUAUUAAUGAAGCAAAUGAAACGGAAGUGAGUGAUAUAAUUCUACCGAAUCGAGCAACUUUAUUAGGUUGGAAGAAUCUGCUUCUUUGGAAAUUACUGUACGAGUGUCAAGACGAAGUUCGUCAAGAGGUUCAGCAACAAUGCGAAUCGAUCGCGCGAUACCGUGGAUUUGGAAAUGAUAAAGUAUCGAAGCAAACGGCAACGAAUUCUCGAUUAUCUGCGGAAACAAAGAGUGUCCAGUAUCAGUUACUGCAAACUCGCUUAUUACAAUUAUUUAAACUUCCCAUAAGUUUGUCGAAUACUACAUUAAAGGAAGAGAUGGAAAUGAUAUUUCAAAGAGAUAAGAUAGCCAAACAAGAUGUUUUGAAAAAAAGAAAACGGAAAGAUACAAGAACACGAAGAAUUAAAAAGAUGCAUUUAAGCAAUUAUAGCGAAGAUGAAAGCGAAGAUGAAAGUGAACGUAUCGAUCCACUUCGCAUAGACGUUACACCGGAAACCCUUUCUACAUAACUGCUGAACAAUUCAUAAAUAUAUAAGAUUAUCACAAACCAACACAUAAUUCUCGGCAUCGUUAAAUCAAUAGGGAGAUAUCAUAAGAAGCACUAAAGUUUUUUUAUUUAUCUGCAAACAUGAUGCAUAUUUUUAAUUUACAUUUUUGUUUACAUUUCCUUUUAUAUUAAAAUAAAUGGGCAUAAAAAAA